AUGGGCUUUUCAGUUCCCAUACUUGCGAUCUCCAUCUCCCUUCACCUUCUCGCCUUUGUUUUCGCCGUCGGCGCCGAACACGCGUCGACGGUGUAUGGGUUAGCGGCGUUUGGGCUGCUGUUGGUUGCGCAGGCGUUAAUUAACGGCGUUACCAAGUGCUUCUGCUUUGGGAGAGGGUUGGUGGGUGGCGGCGGCUCCACUACUUGUGCUGUUCUGCUCUUCAUUUUCUCAUGGGUGAGCUUUCUGGCGGCUGAGGCGUGCCUGCUGGCAGGUUCGGCUAAGAAUGCUUACCACACAAAAUACAGAGCCAUCUUUCUUGUGGAGCACUUGUCCUGUGCCACUCUUCGUAAGGGCGUGUUUGCUGCUGGGGCUGCCCUCACGCUCUUAUCAAUGGUGGCUUCGAUUUUAUAUUAUUGGGCCCACUCGAAGGCUGACACAGGCGGAUGGGAAAAACACCGCAAUGAAGGGCUCGGGUUGACUGGCUCGAAUUUUACAGAGAAUGAGCACAGGAUGAAGGCUGGUGAAAUUGAGAAAGUCUAA